GCUGCUCAUUGGACAGCACUGGUGUAUUGAAUGAAAAUCAGAGAAUGAAGUAAAUAAGUUUCUUCAACAUUUUUUUGCAAUUUAUUCAACAUUUACGAUACCCUAGACCCUAGGUGGGUCUACCAUUAAUCAGGUCAAGGAAAUAUCACCAAAGUGCUUGACAUGCCUAACUGGAAUAUUGAUAAAAUAUGUCGCCUGUGCUGCGAGAACAAGGGUCGCCUAUAUCCUCUUUUCGAGCAACGCCAAAAACGUUCAUUGCCGGAUAUAAUCAUGGAUAUGUCACGUUUGCAGAUCGAACCCAACGAUGGGAUGCCGCAGAACAUUUGCAGAGUGUGCAGCACGACGAUAUUGCGGAUGUAUGAGACGAUCGAGGCCUAUAGAGCGAACGAUCUGAAGCUGCGACAGCAACUGAUUAUCGUACCGUUGAUCGAGAUCAAGGAGGAAGAGGUCGAGUACGAGCUGCUGGAGAAGAUUUGCCAGCAAGAAAUUAAAAUUGACGAAAUUGGUAUGAAACAAGAAGUUAUGGAAGAGGAGUACCUAGAAUCAGAGCCGUCGUUUGACGAACUAAAUUCUUCAGAACGAAAAGCUAAUAUUGAAGGUCCUGAAAAAAUGAAUUCUAAAAACGAAGAUGACUCGCCGCCAGAAGAUGGAGAUACCGAAUGGAAACCUACAGACCAGGACAACGAUAAAGAUGAAGAACCUUUAAUAAAAGCGAAAAGGCGCUAUGUCCGCAAACAGGAAAAUCCGGGUGAGUCACCGAAAAAGCGCUACGUUCGUAGGCGAAGAAAUCCGAAUGAGCCAAAGAAAAAACCUGGUCGUAAACGUUUGAGACCUCUAGAUCCAAAUCGUCCGCGGAAGCAUGAUUUCAAAUGCUACAUCUGCAAGAGCGAUUCCCACGGGACAGCAGAAGCCCUCAUGGUUCACCUGAACAGUGCACAUUUGGAUAUAUUGCCGUACACAUGCUCAGAAUGUGUAACGGAAACGAUUGUAAUCAAAACCGUUCAAAAGCUCAAUCUCCAUCUUCGACAGCACCUGAAUCCAGAAAAAUGUCCAUUCUGCGAUAAACGAUACACUACAGCGAACAACGUUGCUACCCACAUCGAAAUGUUCCACGCAGAAGAUGCUUCUCAGACUUCAUGGAAGUGCAAACAUUGCGAAGAAGUUUUUACUUCAAAAUCGUCGCUGACCCAUCACAUGAAGUUGCACACCACUGCCGCAAGUUGCGAACUGUGUGGGAAAGUUUUCAAGGAGCGAAGCAAACUUCGCAUACAUAUCCAGCGACGACACGAAAAAAUAAAAAAAUACGAGUGUCACAUUUGCCACAAGAAGCUAGUUUCGUUGGAUUCCGUACAAAACCAUAUUAAGACGUACCAUUCGAACCAAGUUUAUAAAUGUCGUUUCUGCCAGAAGACCUAUAACUCUGAGCUAUCGCAUCGUUACCAUGAAAAGAAACACGAAGAAAAUCCAGAUUAUGUAGCCGCCAGGGACUGGAGCGAGUACUACACGGUGGUAGAGGGCCAGGAGAACACGGUCGGGGUCAAACUGAAGAAAUGCAACCUCUGUGGCAUAACGGCUACGGCCAUGGGCUUUCAUUUAUCGACCGUUCAUUUCCCGACCGAGUACCGCUGUGAAAUAUGCAGCGCAACGUUCAAGCGUAAACAGUACUACGAAACUCACGUCCUGGAGCACACCCACGGUAAGGCGGAAAAAUGUCCGAUUUGUAAUCGUGAAUAUUCGGACAGAAAGGCACUGAUUGCUCAUCUCCGUACCAAGAAACAUCAGGGCCAUCCGCUGGCAGAGUCGCUGCAUUGGCUAGGGUAUAAAGGACCCAGGAAAAUGUCCAAUAAGACACUAAAAACAGAAGAUGCUGCUGAAACGAAGGAUCAGGUGAAGAUGGAUCUGGACGUCGGAACCGAUGAUGAUGAUAUGCCACUGAAUCUUUUGUAAUUUCUUGCUUAUUUAGUCAAUAAGGAUAAGCAUUAUUUUCAAUAUUUUGCUGAAUAAAUAAGGGAUAUAAAGGAAUUUAAUAAAUUUGUUAGAAAGUA